CUGUCAGCAGAGCCGCCGUCACCGUAGAGACAGAUCAAUGUCUUGGAUCCGGGAAGGAGAACUAAGCCUCCUUGAGAGGCUCACAGCCAACAUCCUGAAGGCUGGACCCAUGCCCAAGCAUGUGGCCUUCAUCAUGGACGGUAACCGGCGUUUUGCUCGUAAGAAACACGUGGAAAGACAAGAAGGACACACACAGGGCUUUGACAAACUGGCUGAAACGCUGCGCUGGUGUCUGAACCUGGGCAUCCACGAGGUGACGGUGUACGCCUUCAGCAUCGAGAACUUCAAACGUUCCAAGGAGGAGGUGGACGGUCUGAUGGAGCUUGCUGAAGAGAAGUUUGCCCGUCUGCUCAGUGAACAUGAGAACCUGGAAAAGCACGGCGUUUGUAUCCGAGUGCUGGGAGACCUCACGCUGCUGCCCGAGGAUCUUCAGCGCCAGAUCGCCAAAGCCGUGGUGGCGACUAGAGUGCAUAACAAGUGCUUUUUGAACGUGUGCUUUGCGUAUACAUCCAGAUAUGAAAUUGCUAAUGCCGUGAAAGAAAUGGCUUGGGGGACGGAACAGGGCCUGAUCAAGUCCAGUGACGUGUCAGAAGCUCUGUUGAGUCAGUGCCUGUACACCAGCAGCUCUCCAGACCCUGACCUGCUCAUCCGAACAUCCGGAGAGGUGCGCCUCAGCGACUUCCUGCUCUGGCAGACCUCUCACUCGUGUAUCGUGUUCCAGUCGGUCCUCUGGCCAGAAUACACUUUCUGGAACCUCUGCGAGGCUGUUUUACAGUACCAGCUGAAUUAUCGGGCCAUCCAGAAAGCCAGGGAGCUGCACAUGGACGCCGAGGCCGUGCAGCAGCUGGAGGCCGACCGCGCGUGUGUCGAGCAGCUCCAGCAGGGCGGGAACGGUAAGCUGAUGGACGCUCGCUCUCGUCAAGCGGCGCUGCUUAACUACACGUCCCAGCGAGAAGAGAGAGUGAACCGCUUCCUCAGCGCACUUCAGCACAAAAGAGACUCUUACUUCCAUCGUCUGUGCAGCCCGACCGCCGUCGCCUAGGCUUCUGUUUAGAACCGAUCUGGUCACGAAACGUCACCGAACAAGUUCAGCGCUCAUUACGAGCUCGUCGUCGUGCCGCUUCAGGCCAUCAAAAAUGAAAUGAAAUUUUUAUAAUGUGUAUAUACUUGAAUUAAGAUGGGUGAUGUACCCCGUUUUAAGGGGCAAUGAUUUAUUUAUAUUUGUUGUCUAAAAGUGCAAAUUGAAUUAAAACAAGAAACACAAA